AUGCUACCUACAUCAAGACCGGAAGAUUCACCCCAAUCAUCCACACCAUCCUCGGUGUCACCUUGUUCUCCUACAUCGUCAGACACGAGAGAGUCAACCACCACAAGACUGCCCCAUACCAUUAAGCAACAGAAUGGAUUAUUAUUAUUAUUAUCAGCGAUAGCAGCGACAGCAGCAACAGCAACAGUAGCAGCAGCAGAUACAUAUAUAUAUGGAACCCUAGUAUUAUACCCAACCAAUCAAUCACACACACAUAACAGCUUCAUCGACGUCGUAGUCUUCAACAACAGCGAUAGC